AUGACGAGACCGUACGAUCGUCAGUAUCUCGUCACGUUACUACUGCUGUUGCAAACCAUCUCGAGGUACGGCCACGCGGUCACCGCGGAACCGGCGCACGCGGCCGACCUGUCGCCGUCGUCCGCGUCCGUACCGUCCGCACUCUCCGGCCCGGACUACACCGGGCCGUCCGCGGGUUCGGACGAGUGCGAUCCCGAGAUGGUCGGCUUCGAGCUCGUAACCGGCUACGUGUACACCGCGCCCACGAACAUGCUCGAGUCCAUACCGGGCACGCUGAUGCUCACCGACUGCCUCGAGACCUGUCAGGCAAACGACUCCUGCCAGGCGGUCAACUACGAGACGGGCCUUUGCGUCCUAUUCAGCUCUAACGCCGACAGCAAUCCAGGCGCGCUGUCGCAAUCGCAGUUCCCCGUGUUCACGAUCUACGCCCAGAAGAGCUGCCUGGCGGUGAAGCCCUGCGAACGCGCUUGGUGCAUCGACAGAGUGCAGGGACACCGCCUUCAGGGUCACGCACGCAGGACCAUGACCGCCUCCUCGAGGCAGCACUGCCUCGAGCUUUGCCUCGGCGAACGAGACUUCCUGUGCCGAUCCGCUAAUUAUAUCAACGGUACCAAGCAGUGCGAGCUCUCGGAUAUGGACAGGCUGACGGUCGCCGGCUCGAGCGCCUUCCAGGCGGCGAAGGGUGUGGAUUAUUUGGAAAACCACUGCGUGGAGGAGCCAGUGAAACUCUGCGAGUUCAAGAAGCUGACCGGCCGCAUACUGAAGACCGUGGACUCCGUUUACCAGGACGUCGGCACGUCCGACGAGUGCCGCGAAUUGUGCCUGAACUCGCCGUUCCGCUGUCACUCCUACGAUUACGGUGACACCGGUGACAUGGUCUGCCGUCUCAGUCAUCAUUCCCGCGCCACCCUCUCCGACAUUCAGGAUCCGUACCUCGACGUACCGGAAGCGUCCACGUACGAGCUGAGCUCCUGCUACAACGUGACCAUCGACUGCCGCGCCGGCGACAUGGUGACCCGAAUUCAGACGAGCAAGCUCUUCUACGGCAAGGUUUACGCGAAGGGCUCGCCCAACUCGUGCGUGCAGGACAUCAAGGGCGCGCUCGAGUUCGAGCUUCGCAUGGCGUACGACGAUCUCGAGUGUAACAUAAGGCAGCAGGGCCUCGGCCGGUACCUGAACGACGUGAUCAUCCAGCAUCACGACACCAUUGUCACCAGCUCCGAUCUCGGCCUGGCUGUGACUUGCCAGUACGACCUCACUAACAAGACCGUGUCCAACGAGGUCGAUCUUGGCGUGCACGGCGACAUCACGCCCGCUCUCUCGGAGGAGGUGAUCGUCGACUCGCCGAACGUCGCCAUGAAGAUUACCGAUCGCAGCGGAAACGAAGCUAUCCCCUCCGCCGAGGUCGGCGAUCCUUUGGCGCUCAAAUUCGAGAUCCUCGACCCCAACAGCCCGUACGAGAUCUUCGUCCGCGAGCUGGUCGCCAUGGACGGCGUCGACUCCAGUGAGAUUGUUUUGAUCGACUCGGACGGCUGCCCCACUGACCACGUCAUCAUGGGUCCGCUUUACAAAUCGGUCAACACUGGCAAGAUACUGCUGUCGCACUUUGACGCCUUCAAGUUCCCAAGUUCGGAAGUGGUGCAAUUCCGCGCUCUGGUCACCCCGUGCAUGCCGACCUGCGAGCCCGUGCAGUGCGAUCAGGAGGAGACGACCGGUGAGCUGCGCUCGGUCAUCUCCUUCGGCAGACGCCGUCGCCGUCGUCGCUCCACCGCCGUCGGCUCCCAGAGCCGCGAGGACCUCCUCCUGGUGCAGUCCAUCCAGAUCACGGACAAGUUCGGCUUCGAGCGCGACGGUAAGUCACCGAACGCCACCUCGGCGACGAGGGACACCGUUUUCGUCGAGAGCGAGGACAUAUCGUCGACAAUGGGGAUGUGCAUCAAUCUGGGGGAGGCGAUCGUAGCCGGCACCGUCUUCCUCGUCGCCCAGAUCGCCAUCAUAGCGGCAUGGACCUUCACCUGGCAGCGACGCCGGCAGAUGCUGAAGCACCAGGAGGCGCUCUCGGUCUCCGUUUCCGUGCCCGGUAUGCACUCCAUGCCCGGGCGCACCGACAGUCUCUGUAAGUUGUACGACGGCGGAUACUCCGCGCGUCGUUUCUGA